UCCUGUGUGUGAUCAGGCUGGUGAAGGUGUGUGUGUGUACAAGUGUGUGUGUGUUUGUAAAACCACACAUGCAUACUUAGACACACACACUCUGUCUGAGAAGUGCCGCAUUUACUGUCAGCGGAAACCUGUGUGUGUGUGUGUGUGUGUGUGUGUGUGAGUGAGAUGGACGGAUUAAGUUGAGAAGAACUUCAGAGCAUCACAUGGAGACGUUCAGUGAGCAGACGGUGCUGAAGGAAGGGCAGCUGAUGAAGCAGACAAACUCGUUCCAGCGCUGGAAGCGACGGUACUUUAAGCUGCGCGGGAGAACACUGUACUAUGCCCAGACUGCCAAGUCGAUCAUCUUUGAUGAAGUGGAUCUAACAGACGCCAGUGUAGCAGAGUCCAGUACAAAGAACGUCAACAACAGCUUUACUAUUAUCACUCCGUGUCGGCGGCUGAUCCUCUGUGCUGAAAACAGGAAGGAGAUGGAGGAGUGGAUGGCGGCGCUGAAGAGCGUCCAGAACAGAGAACACUUUGAGUCCACACAGUACAGUAUGGAUCAUUUCUCUGGGCUCCAUAACUGGUACGCCUGUUCUCACGCCCGGCCCACCUACUGCAACGUCUGCAGAGAAGCUCUGAGCGGAGUCACCUCACACGGCCUUUCCUGCGAAGUGUGUAAGUUCAAAGCCCAUAAGCGUUGUGCAGUCAGAGCCACUAAUAACUGUAAGUGGACGACUUUGGCCUCCAUCGGGAAGGACAUCAUCGAGGACGAGGAGGGGAUCUUUAUGCCCCAUCAGUGGCUGGAGGGAAAUCUGCCGGUCAGUGCUAAGUGUACAGUGUGUGAUAAGACGUGUGGCAGUGUGCUGAGACUGCAGGACUGGCGCUGUCUCUGGUGUAAAGCCAUGGUGCAUGCAGCGUGUAAGGAUCAGCUGUCAACUAAGUGUCCUCUGGGUCAGUGUAAAGUCAGUGUGAUCCCGCCCACUGCCCUCAACAGCAUCGACUCUGACGGUUUCUGGAAGGCGACGUGUCCCCCGUCCUGCACUAGUCCUCUGCUGGUGUUUGUGAACAGUAAGAGUGGAGAUAAUCAGGGAGUGAAGUUUCUGCGCAGGUUUAAGCAGCUGCUGAAUCCAGCUCAGGUGUUUGACCUGAUGAAUGGAGGACCUCACCUGGGUUUGCGUCUUUUUCAGAAGUUUGACACAUUCAGGAUUUUGGUGUGUGGAGGAGACGGCAGUGUGGGCUGGGUUCUCUCAGAGAUAGACACUCUAACACUGCACAAACAGUGUCAGUUGGGGGUGUUGCCAUUAGGAACAGGAAAUGACCUGGCACGGGUGCUGGGGUGGGGCGCGGCGUGUGAUGACGACACACAGCUCCCCCAAAUCCUGGAGAAACUGGAGAGAGCCAGCACCAAGAUGCUGGACAGAUGGAGCAUCAUGGUUUAUGAGACCAAGUUUCCACGGCAGCACUCCAGCUCCACGGUAACCGAGGACUGCAGCGAAGACUCAGAGGUGCAGCACAUUCUGACUUAUGAGGACUCGGUUGCUGCUCAUCUGUCUAAAAUCCUCACCUCCGACCAGCACUCUGUCGUCAUCUCCUCUGCCAAAGUUCUAUGUGAGACAGUAAAGGACUUUGUAGCGAAAGUGGGUCGAGCGUACGAGAAAAACACUGAAAACUUAGAAGAGUCUGAGACGAUGGCCAAAAAGUGUGGAGUGUUAAAGGAGAAGCUGGACUCGUUAUUGAAGACGCUGAAUGAGGAGGCUCAGGCCAGCAGCGUGAUUACAGCACCGCCACCCACCAUCGCAGAGGAGCAAGAGGAUGGAGAGCCGGUUUUACAGGCCCCGCCCACUCGCCAACUCACUGCUCCGCCCACCGCCGCUACCUGCUCACCCCGCCCGACCGCCGCCAUCUUUAAACCCAGAGAGCAGCUGAUGCUCCGAGCAAACAGCCUGAAAAAAGCCAUCAGACAGAUCAUAGAGCACACAGAGAGAGCGGUAGACGAGCAGAAUGCUCAGACUGAGGAAGUGUUUGCAGCCCUGGCUCCUGAGGAGGAAGAUGAAGAUGAUGAAGAGGAUAAAGUGUCUCUCAGAUCGUCCUACAGUGCCAGAGCUCGUCACCUACGGAGAGUAUCUAAAGGCCCCUGUGAGAAGUUAAUCAGUAAAGGAAGCUUGUCACGGGGGAGCUCUGUAUCACUUCCUGCUCAGACAGGAAGCAGGGAGAACAUGCUGAGUGCCAAAAUUUUCUACCCGAGUCUAAAGGCUGGAAUAACUGGUUCUCUGUCCAGUAGUUCAGUGAUCAGUCGGUUGCUGGUGAACGCUGAUCCAUUCAAUUGUGACCUGGAGAACUUUGACUGCUACACUGAGAAGUGUGUUAUGAAUAAUUACUUUGGAAUCGGACUGGACGCCAAAAUCUCUCUGGACUUCAACAACAAGCGAGACGAGCACCCGGAGAAAUGCAGGAGCCGCACUAAGAACAUGAUGUGGUAUGGAGUUCUCGGAACAAAAGAGCUGCUACACAGAACCUAUAAGAACCUGGAGCAGAGAGUUCUGCUGGAGUGUGAUGGCCGGCCGAUUCCUCUCCCAAGUCUGCAGGGCAUUGCUGUGCUGAACAUUCCAAGUUACGCUGGUGGAACCAAUUUUUGGGGUGGAACCAAAGAGGAUGACACGUUCACGGCUCCAUCUUUUGAUGACAAGAUCUUGGAGGUGGUGGCGGUGUUCGGCAGCAUGCAAAUGGCUGUAUCUCGAGUCAUCAACCUGCAGCACCAUCGCAUAGCUCAGUGUCGCACAGUUAAGAUCACCAUCCUAGGGGAUGAGGGUGUACCUGUGCAGGUGGACGGAGAGGCGUGGAUUCAGCCACCCGGAUACAUCAGGAUCAUCCACAAGAACCGCACACAGACACUCACCAGAGACAGGGCGUUUGAGAACACACUAAAGUCAUGGGAAGAUAAGCAGAGGUGUGAUUUUCCGCGGCCCGUGUCCCAGCACUCCGUGCAGCCAGAGACCGUCUCUGAGGAGGAAAUGGCUCAGAUCAGCCUGUUUGGCCAGUCAGCAGGAGCACUGAUACACAGUAUUAGGGAGAUUGCACAGACUCACCCCAGUGUGGAACAGGAGUUGGCACAUGCAGUGAACGCCAGCUCUAAAGCUAUGGACAUGGUGUACGCAAACUCCAAAAACAACACGGGUCUGACCUGUAGUGUGGUGGUUCAGAUGGUCAGUAAUGUGAAAGCUCUACACAGUGAAACUGAACUACUGCUAGCAGGAAAGAUGUGCCUGCAGUUGGACCCGCCGCAGCGUGAGCAGUUAGAUGGAGCGUUAUCUCCUGUAGCUCUGCAGCUGCGUGGACUGGCAGAGAUCAGCUGGCUCAGUGCAGUCAUCGAUCCAGCCGACGACGAGGAACAUGUGAUGGAUUUCUCGAAGCGGAGCCGCAGUGCUAAGUUCCGCCUGGUUCCCAAAUUUAAGAGGGACAAAAACAACAAGAACAAAGAGGCGUGUGCCACCCUCAGCCUGCCAGUGCAUCAGUGGGGUGUAGAGGAGGUGGCAGCAUGGCUAGAGCAGCUCUGUCUGUCGGAGUAUAAGGAGAUUUUUAUCGGUCAUGACGUGCGUGGGUCCGAGUUACUGCACCUGGAGAGAAGGGAUCUUAAGGAUUUGGGAGUGACUAAGGUCGGUCACAUGAAGCGAAUCCUGCAGGGCAUUAGAGACCUGAGUCGGAGCAGCACGGCUAGCGAAGCCUAGCAUAGCCAGACUUGAACUCAUCUGACCAAUUAGCUCACAGGGACCAUUUUUCCCCAGCCAAUCAGCUCACAGGGACCAGCACAGCCCAGCCAAUCACCUUGCGGGGACCAGCACAGCCCAGCCAAUCAGCUUGCGAGGACCAGCUCAGUAAUCUCAGCCAGAGCUUAACCAAUCAGCACAGUGCCUUCAGCUCAUACACCCAUAAGAUCACAGCCUUCGGUUACUCUGCCACACCGGCUGUGCGGGGGUCACUGUGUAUGUAUAUGCGUGAGUGUGAGAGUAUGUGAAAAUGUGUGUGAAAAUGUGUGUUUUGGUUCAGUAAACAAAGACACUGUCAGUGUUAUCCAAAGGGGUUCAGAGAGCUGAACCAAUCUGUCUGUCUGUGAUUGGUCAGAGUGAGAGACUUUUACAAAGAGAGACAUCUCAGUCUCUCAGCCUUCCACGCUCUCUAGAUAAUACUUAAACUCACACUCCUAAUACACCCCAGCCCCCCCUCCCUCUGUGCGCACACACAUAUACACACACUCAUAUAUGCGCCAUGACAAUCGGUCAGUCAGAUAAACUGACUAAAGAUCAGGUUUACCAGAGUAAAGCCAACAUCAUCUACUGUGUGUGUGAGUGUAAUAGUGUGCGAGUCGGUGCAAGACUGAGUGAGAGUGAGUGGCCUUUUGUUUAUGAAGAGCUUCAGUCUGCCUUAGUUACUUCAGAACAAUCUCAUAUCACCCUCAGCGAGUCUGUUAGCAUGUGUGUGAGCAGCGUAGUGUGUGAGCAGCGUAGUGUGUGUGUUAGUGAAUAGGUGUGUUAGUGAUUUGGGUGGAUGUUAAUUUCCUUCUGAAGAAUCCAACUGUAGAUCAGCUUCUGCUGAUUCCUGGUUUUAGAUGGUGAAAAUUGGUCAUCCAGUCGAGAACAUGUAGGUAAGGUAUCUGGUUUACCAGCUCUAGGCCAGUAUGCUGGUCGUGCUGGUUGACCAGCUUAGAUGUUGUCCAGCACAGUUUAUGUUUUUGCUGGAGUUAAAGGCUUUAGCUGACCAUGCUGUUGUUUUUCAGUGGAGAGUGUGUACAUGUCAGUGUUUGGAUGUGUGUUCAGAGUCUUAAACAGACACAGACUCUGCUCAGGUCAACAGGCAGAAAGUUCAUAUUUGUAAUAUUAGUCUCAAAGUUUGACUAUGUCAGAUAAGUCUUAGCUACAAUCUGUUCUAAAAGAUAUAUAUAUAUAUAUAUAUAUAUAUGUAAAUGUCAUAUAUAAACUAUAUAAACUAGGGCUGCUUAAGAAACUUGAAAGAAAAACUGACAUUUUAACACUAUUUUUUGCUAUAUAUAUUGCAAUACUAAAGUGAAAUGCAUCACUUUUCACCAAUCUAAUAUACCAUACAAUUUCUCCAGUUCCUACCAAUUGCACAUUGCAACAUUGCAAUGCUGAUGGAUGCUGAAAGGUUAUCUUGUGUAGCUCUAAUAUGAAUCACCUCAUCACAGCAGUCUUAAUCAAACACAGAGAAUCAGGACUAGUGCUGAAGUCAGGAAUAGAUGGUGGGUUAAAAUCAGGGAUUUGUCCAGUUAAGAUGGCUCAGAUUUAGAUUUAAGGCUGGGAAUACACUGUGAUAUUUACAAUGGGUAUGUUCAGCUCCAGCUCAAACUGUACGACUAAGUCUCAGGGUUAAAGUUCACUAUACGGCGCAACGCCGAACACAACACGCCUGACUCUCGUAUCCGGAACUGCAGCGUAAAAAAAAGAAGAGUCAAGUAAUCUUUAUUUCUGUGAUAAGUGUCAACCAAUAUGCUGUACAAUAAGGUAAAAUAACACUAACCUAAUUUGAAAUAACACAAAAACUAAACAGAAAAAAAAAACAUUAAAAUUGCUAACAAUUUUUUAAAUGAAAAAUCUUGAUGACAAGACAUAGUAGACCAAGAAAAAACAGACGUCUAACAGUAUAAUCAGCUCAGGACUCAAAUACCAGAUUGAAUCUUGUUGUAUUCCUUUAUAAAAAGUGAAAGAUUAUUUCACAGUUUUGGAUCAGUUACAGAACAGGCCUGAUCGCCUUUGAAUUUCAGCCGAAAGCGAGGAACAUCUAAACAAGACUGGUUAGAGGAGGAUUAAAACAUGAUGGAUCGAGCGAAGGUGAAGGAGGUCAGAAAUGUAUCUCAGAGCUAAGUCAUUAAGAGCUUAACAAACAAACAAAAAAAAACUAAAAUUACACCCUUAUUUCACUGGAAGCCAGUGAAGCCAAUACAGGGGAGAUACUUUCCCUUCUCUGAGUCUCAGUCAGGACCCAGGCAGAUGCAGACGUGAGAAAAAGAAGUAGAAGAAUCGGGGUAGUGGGUAGAUGCUCAAACAAAGGGCUGCCUUGGCAAAAUGUGCCAUUCUCUGCAGAGUGAAAUUCGGCCAAAAAUCGUCAUAAUCUAGAAUGAGCAUUGAUGUAUGGCAGGGUACAGUGUAGGAACACACAGACGCCCUGCACACACCAUCUCAUCUGAUAUUUAGCUGAACACAUACCAAACCCCUCACACAUUCCCCUGUGGAAAUCCCUAAAUGUAUUGAAUUCCCACACUGAUCUGUAAACAUCAGUAUUAUUACUGAAUUAAAGCGAGGUUUGAACUGAAGCUCAGGACUAUACAGCUGUUCCACUCAGUUACACUGUACAGCCUGGGCUGCUUCUCACACCCUUAUCAACUGCCACUGUGAGUGUGUGAGAGAGUGUGUGUAUGAGUGAUAGAGAAUGUGAGUGUGAGUGUUUGUGAAUGUAAGAAAGUGUGUGAGUUAAAAGAGUGUACGUUUGUAAGAGUGUAAGAAAGAGUGUGCAUGAGUUAGAAAGAAAGCUUGUAUGUGUGUGUGAGUGAGAAAGAGCAUGAGUGUGAGUUAGAAAGAAAGAGUGCGAGUGUGUGAUAGGUCAUAUCAUUUGGUUGUGGAUUCUGCCAGCAGUGUCCGUACUCUCUGCCUGUUAAAUAUUUAUAAUAAGUUAUAACUGAAUUGAUGCUGUCUGUGUCUGAUCUGUGUUGUGUGUAAAUAGGCUGAAUCUAGGACUGUAAAUACAUUGUUAAUGUACAGUGAAUUGUUCUGGAUUAAACAAUGCUCUGUGUUUA